AUGGCAGGGAGAUUGUGGAAAGCUCUGGAUACUACUGUAGCCCUGUCUGACAAAUUGAAUUCCUCACUAUCAUCCCCCAGUCCCGCCGUUUCUGACGAACACCCCUCCCCGCUUCUCCUGCUCUCCGCCUCCACACAAGCACUCAAAUCGCAGGCAACAAAAAUUUCUUUACUGGCUAUUAACACGCCUUUCACACCUUCUGCAAUCUGUACCAUACUUUCAGAAGUGAACGAUUCUGCUCUCCCAUCACUAACUGCCGCCGCAUUACUAUUGAGCCCUGCGAAGUACACCCAAACAUUUCAUGGCGAUGCUAAGACGCUGGUUCAAGAUAUAUUGCACGAACUGACUGUACUUAUCCGGAAUAUUAAAAAUGUUUCUAUAAAAUACGAAGAGAAUAAGAGUUUCAGGCUAGGUGAGGAUGAAAAACAUGGCAUCACCACAGCGACGGGGAGGGUAUGGAAAGUCUGUGACCAGAUCGCCACAAUCGCAUCGGAUGGCGUAGUGGGGUUAGUGAUAAAAAAAGCAAAAGAACACCUGGAGCUGGUGCAAGAUUGUAUUAGAGAGCUUAAGGAAUGGGAUCCCGAAAAUGAUGACGGUGACGACGGCCUAUGGGAUGAUGAAUUCGGAGAUGACGGAGAGGAUGAUACUCAAGGCAAUAUGGGUGGCAAGAUAGGCCAUGUACUGGCUACAGAUGGGGAUGAAGAUAGUGAAGAAGGGAAUCGGACUGGAAAACUCGUGGACGAAAAAAAUUACCUGCUCCGUUUGUUCACGCUCACCACACAACUCUACACGGCCAUUAUAGCACAUCGUUUGAAGAAAAUAACCGAUAUAUCUAUCCUGCCAAAAAUAUGUUCCAAGCUCGAUACUCUCACUGCCUGUCUUCGAGAUCUACCUAAUUUGGUCGACGAAGCUGCCGGCUCGUUGUAUGAAGGCAAUCUGGAAUUCGCCGAUGCAUACAGCCUAAAGCUGCGGGAUCGUGCUUUCGAAACUAUAGAUUUGUUACGAGAGCCAUGGGCGAUUGAAGCUACUCAUAGCAUUUUGGGGGACAAGGCGGCGAGAAAAGAAGUUGAGGAUAAGUUCUCAGAGUGGGGAUCAGUUUGGCUGAAAGUAGCUGAUGAACUUGUAAAGGAUAGGGAAGAGUAG